GGCAUUUGCGUGCUUGAAUUGUUAGCUCAAGGCAUUCUUAUGAGGCAAGCUUUGUGCCUCGACCUUAUGAUCCAUACAUGUGGUCAUGACCAAUAUCGCGGCUGAGGUGCAAACUCCAGCACUCUCGGCGCCGAAUCAUGUCCACACCGCGAGUGGCAGUAUGCGCUUACAAUCACCAUGUUCGCAGAAGAGGAAACGAGAUGAAGGCGAAACCGAUCCAGUGGCCGUAGAAGAUAUCCACAUACGUAUGUAUCCAGGUUCCAUCUACGACAAGCCAAUCCUACUUCGACCUUUACGCCUUGUACCCCGCUCACGAUUACCACUGUCUUUCCUGGAUACUUCAGCUGCUGGCUCUUUAUUGUCUCCUUCCCGUUUAUUCACGGCAAAUAUUGAAUCUUUGGAACACAACAAUGCUGGUUCAUCUGACGGGCUCCUGCUCAUUGCUAAUCUGACCAAGUCAACGGAUCUGGUUGCCGUAGAACGAGUGAAGCCAAGGGUUUAUGCUUUGUGUAAAUUGUCCGCCUGGGUCAAGAUAGGAUAUAUCGAAGAAGGCUCAGGACAUGCGUUACAACACGUCGAAGACAGUCAUGGUAAUAAAAAGUGGUGGAGUUCCGCUGUUAUCAAAAUGAGGUCUGAAGGAACCCCGGCUUCGAAUAAACGUGUCAAGCUUAGCAUGGCACCACCGUCAAAAUACGCCCAGGAAGCACCCGAAAACAUUACCAACCCAACUCCUGCUCUUGUGUUAUCGAAAGACUCAAGCGAGGCCGCUUUCUCACAGGAUGCCAUCAUUGCUCCCGUAAUGGAAAGUCCCAAACCUGACGAGAUGUUUGAAGGCUUAAUACGUCAGUAUUUGGAGGCGCUUUACAUAUCAAAAACAUCGCUUGCAUUCUUCGUGAAGGGCCCACUCUCUCGGGCUAGAAACACGGUUGCGGCAAAUACAAAUGGCACUGCGUUGAUCACAUUCACGACACAUCUCAGAGCAAUGCUCCUUUCGAUGACGCAGAUGGACAAGAAAUAUCGUGAGAAGCUGCCAGAGGUCAUCAAGAGUUUCCCAGUGCAGGUAUUGUCAGAUGAUGAGCUCAACGGGUCUAUGCCAGCUAAGAAGAGGAGGUCAAAAAAAUCACCUAAGCUUUCCAGGGAAGGAUUCUAUCCUAUUGAGGAGGACUUCUGUAGACGCUGGUGGCUGGACAAUCAUUCGGCGACUUCAAGAGCACGACAAGAUGAAACUUUCGAGCAGUUGGUGCGCCGCAGAGUGGGCGAUCUGCGAAGAAGAGAAACCCUUGCCCAAAUCGUUCUUAUUUUGGAGCUACUGGCACUAGAGGCUCAAACCGAAUUCAAAGAAGCACAUACUAUGACCAAAGAAUCCGAGACGGGGGAAGCUACCGAAAAGCAGGAUGUGGACGAUGGAAAAUCAGCUGGAACAAAGAAAACGAAGGCCAAGGGUAAGAAGCAGCAAGAUCUUGAUUUGCUGCUUGAUCUUCUUCUAGACAAACUCUCUAUCUGGCAGUCAAUCGAGCAAGAUAUAGGCGAAAGUAUAGAUAAGAAGCAAGAUAGCUCAGCGGAGAACACCGAGAAGCUUUACGAGCAAGAUCUCCUUGCUGGCUUCUGUACUGAUGUUGUCAUUCCCUUCUACAAGAGUCGGAUACCUUCGCAAGCUUCUCUCGUCAACAAAAAGCUUGGAGGACCUGUCACGGUUUCACCAGCGAAGCCUGAGGAGUUGAAAGCUCAAAAGUUAGGGAAGACGCUUGUUAAACCAGGAGAGAAACGGCCUCGCAGACCGUUACAAAAGACUCUAUCAGAUGUAAACGCUUUGAUGCGGUCCAGGAAACCGUCACUGUCAAGAUCACUUACGGAUAUUCAAGCCAUCCCGCGGAUUAAACGCGAGGCGAGCGAGCUCUCUCUUCUAGAUGUUCCGCUCGCUCAGCCGUCUCGUCGUGACUCAAUGAGCCAACUCAGGCAUCUGCAGCAGCGCACAGUGGACUUGACAGCUAUCUCCACGGCUACGGAGGCCAAGCUGAAGCAAAAAGCAAAGAUUGAGCAGGAGCUCAAGGACGCCAUUAACACCCUUAAGAAGCCCAAUCGUGGCCAGGCAGUUCGCGAACUUGUUGAUGCAGCUGAUCAGCGGAGCUUAGGUAGUGCAAGCAUGCGGAAAAGGACGAUGCGUCCUGUCCGAAAGGUGUUGCAAAAUGUGCGAAAUGUUCAAGUGACGGCAACCCCCAAGCACCAAAGAACGAUUAGGACUCUCGGUCAUGAUCAACUCACUCAGGAAGACGGUUUAGAGGAGCAAAACGCUCCAUCCUCUGGGGACUAUGUUAUACCAUCAUCUGGCUAUAGGGCUGCAAAUGCUGAUGUUGUUGAUGCAACCCCAGUUGUUUCACGCUCAAUGCCUUCGAAUAUGGGGCCAACGAUAUCUGCGACACCUUCAAAAAAAUCAGCGAAAGCUGUGGCGGUUGAUGAGUUGGAGCCUGAUAAACUCGGACCGUCACCUGAGAUGAAACAGAGUCGGCAACUUAAAAGCAUUAGUACUGGCCGUGUGCCAUCGAAUUCGUCUCUCCAAGAGGUCAAGUAUUCGCAAAAGUCACGCAUGUCAGCACCUAGUACGCCGAUGAAAGGCAAAUCUGCACAUACUUUGGCCGUACCCAAAUCAGUACAGCCGUCUGCAAUUCCUUCGACUCCUGUUAAAUGCAAGCCUACAAUUCCGCCUCGUUCACCGGAAGUUCUGGAUACUACCCCUAAAAAAAACCCUUCACGUGAUCCAUAUCGGGAAGAGAUGAAAGAGCAAUCUAUCUAUGACGUGUUGGGUUGGAAUGAUUACGACGAUGACUGAGUAGAGACGAGCACUUCAAAGACAAUAGAUGGUAUAAUGAGGCAUGGCAUGUAGUAAACAAUCUUUGACUAUUUUUAUGCAUCAUACUUCCACAUCACAGUGCUGAGUCGAGCC